AUGCCGUGGACAGUGACCAAUUCAUUUAAGAGAGGCCUUAUGAAAACUUACGGACGACCAACAUGGCGCGUCUACGAUGAUGAGCGCGCCGCAAAGAAAAGACGCGUGGAUGAGUCCGAUGAAGCUGAGGCCAACCUACAAUAUGCCAUCCGUGAAUCUUCAGCUGCCGUGCUGUCAAGCCCAUCGCGUCGCAACUCCCUGUUGUCGGAAGGCACGCUCGAUGAUAUUGACGAUCUCACCACACCACCAUCAUCGCCACCUCCGCGUUUAACCCCACCGCCAGCCAAUACCCGCAAGCCAACAUUUGCUUUUCUCAAGCGGAAGCACAAGGAAACUACUACUGGAUCGCCCUUGACAGAGGUUAAUUCGAAUAGUGUACGCGCAUCAGUGGACCCACCCAAGCAAAAGGGUCAGAAACAACCCGUCAUGCGCCAGAUGCAGAUUGACCUGGGAAAUGAUACACGAAAGACCUGUGCGACCUGUGGUAUGGAAUAUAUCCCGUCCAAUACGGAGGAUGCGGCAUUGCAUAAAAAGUUUCACGAAAUGAAUGCGACUGGGAUCGACCUGGGCAAGGCAUUUAUGCGUGCGAACGCCUCACGCUGGGUUUACGAAGCGACUCGAUUCGAUGAGGGGUAUGUGGUAAUUGUGGACCGCAAGGCCUCCCCUAGUGCCAAGAGCCAAGCGAAGAAGGUUCUCGAGGUUGUUAAUAAAGAGCUCUCAUCACCGGAAAUCGACGACGAGACCCUCUGGAGCCAAACGGAACCGCCAAAACACUUGCAGGAUGGUCCAACCGAGAAAGUAGAUCGGUAUCGGGUCUUUUUGCAUAUGAAGGAUAGUCGCUGUGUUGGGCUCUGCCUGACUGAGCGCAUCUGGGAAUCCCGACCGGUGGUGAAAGAACAAAAUGACGCGCACAAUGGCUCUGUCUCGACACGAGAUGAAAUCCGUCCGGCCAUUGUCGGAGUCUCUCGUAUCUGGACUUCCGGAUCCUCACGGCGAAAGGGAAUUGCUUUAGAUCUCCUCGAUUGCGUGGUCAUCAACUUUAUUUACGGGAUGGAAAUAACCAAGGCACAAAUUGCAUUCAGCCAGCCCACGGAGAGUGCCCCGAACCGUUACGGGAAGUCGUCGACAUCGCUUGAACGCGAGAUAGAUGACUCGAGCUCAAACGAAGAGAUAAACCCAUUCGAUGUGUCUGUGAGCGAUACCGAGGAUGAAAUCAAUGGUCAUAAGAGUCCAGCUCCCCAAGAUGAUCGACCAUCUUUUGGGUCAGCUCCACACCCAUCAACAGAUGGAUCCCCCAUAUCACCCGACCACAACAUGCGGUCUGCAGCAGGUGUAGACAGCUCCCAUGCAGGACUUCCCACAGUACAGUUGUCCCCAGAGCUUGAUGCAAGCCCUCCCGGCCGAGUGAAAGACAAGAAGCCGCCACCUCCACCUAGGAGUCAUCACGGCCGCAGACUUGGCUCUACGGCCGCGGAAUCCUCCCAGACAGCCCGGUCCCAGUCUACUAACCGCCUAUCAAUCCAUGGCCCUGGGAAUGUGACACCCGGUGCCUUGCAUCCCAGCUCGGUAUCUCUAUCAUCGACCGAUUAUUUCUCGGUCCCUGCGGGAGUGACAGGGUCGACGGACUCGCUCCAGCGCAGCCAGUCUCAGCAUAAGCGUCCUCCCACGCCACCCCUCAGUCGUCGGCACAGUCAGAUGCGGAGAUCCAAGUCUACACAGUCCAAAACUAGCAGUCGAUUAAGUAUGUCUUACGACUCGGAGAGCAAUGAUAACUCUCUGCCUCCCAGUCCAGGUCCUUCCAGUCGAACGGAAAGCAAGAGAAUCAGCAUGCCUCCGCCAUCGGGAGACUUCCAGGGGACUGGCCCGUUGGGAGAUAUCUCGCUGAACUUAUCUCCCCACACUAACUCCAGACCAUCAUCACUGAAGGCUGGGCGGCGGGCAUCAUCAUAUGGGAAUGUACCGGGUGGCUCUACUGGACCACCCCCGCCUCCUCCACCUCGGCGCACUCGAGACCCCAUUACCCGUAGUGAUGUGAUGGGGUUGAAGGAGAACCAUACAUCAGCCCCACAACCAUCCAAUGCUCAUGACAUCCUGGCCGAUCUCACCAGACUUCAGAAAGAGGUGGAUGAUCUCCGAGGGCAUUAUGAGAAUCGAAAAGUUGAUUGA